GAAGCGCUGCUCAUGAGGCACUUUACACGGGAGCUCUCAGCGUGGUUUGAAUCAGUGGACGGCACUUCCCACUUCACCGAAACAAUACCACAGCUGGCAUCGAAUUCCACUGCGCUCUUGAACGCAAUCUAUGCCGUCUCUGCAAAACAUCUCUCGCUGAUGGGAACACUGGCAGAAUCGGUCUGCCUUCGAUACAUCGACGCGUGCUAUAAUGUACUCAUUCCGGAGCUCCAGAAUAGAGCUUUC